AUGGAAUAUUGUGGGUGCCUGGCCUCGGAUCUGCUGGCGUGGAUCCAGCGCACCAUCCCCUGGCUGGAGGCCCGGGACCCCCAGAAGACCAUCCCGGCCAUGCAGCAGAAGCUGGAGGAUUUCCGCGAGUACCGGCGCGUGCACAAACCCCCCAAGGUGCAGGAGAAGUGCCAGCUCGAGAUCAACUUCAACACCCUGCAGACCAAGCUGCGCCUCAGCGGCCGGCCCGCCUUCAUGCCCUCCGAGGGCAGGAUGGUCUCG